AUGAGUGAGCGUUCCGGUGCAAGCAGUCUAGCAGCCAUGACGCUGGAGGAGCCAGGGGCUGAACAGGCAUCUCCCCGAGCCCCGGGCCCUCUCCGCUGUGGCCCCUGUGCUGUGUGGCCUCGCCAGCAGACCUGGCUGUGUGCCGUGCCCCUGGUUAUGGGCUUUGUGGGACUGGGACUCAGUCUCAUGCUGCUGAAAUGGAUUGUUGUGGGAUCUGUCCAAGACUAUGUCCCCACUGAUUUGGUGGAUCCCAAAGGUAGCAUUGGACAGGACCCUAUAUUUCUCUCCAAACCCAGUGCCAUGCCCAAGGGGCCCGACAUUUCCACAGCCACCACCACUUCAGCUGCCUCUACUACAGCAAUGGUGUCAACUACCACGCCGCUAGCCGCGGAUGGUACAGCCCCAGCUCCAAAAACUCGAUCUGGACCCCCAGCAAACCACUCAGCCAAUGGCAGCACCGCCAACGGAGAUGGCAACCGCGUCCCACACCUUCACAACCGUGUCGGCACCCGCGUUAGUGGGACUGUGGUUACCACCUCCACCACUCGCGCCACCCGACUCACCCCGCCACUCAGCGGUAAGGAAGUCACCCCUCGCAGCACUGUUAGAAAAGGAAGCAGCACUAAUGGGCGUAAUGGAGCCGCCAACUCAAAGCCAGGGCAAACUUCUGCCACCGUCACCACUACUGCAACCACAACUACAGCUACUGUGAAGAUCACCGCCAAGGCGCAGCCAACCACCUCCCAGCCGGCAGCCCCGGUCAAGCCAACGUCACGCUGGAAUCACGGGCGCCCAGGCAAGGGCCCAGCUACACGCCCACACCACCGCUACCGAACACCAGUGGCCCCGACACUUCCUAGUCUACGUUCAGAGGUCUUCAAGCCAUGUGUGGAGGACAAGGACCUGGCCUUUUGUCUAAACGAGGGAGAGUGCUCCAUCAUUGAAACGGUGGCUGGGGUUCACAGACACUGCAGGUGUAAGGAGGGCUACCAUGGAUUACGGUGUGACCAGUUUGUACCCAAGACAGAUGCUAUCUUGUCAGACCCAACGGAUGAACUUGGGAUUGAGUUCAUGGAGAGUGGUGACACCUACCAGAGGCAGGUGCUGUCCAUCUUCAGCAUCGCCUCAGGGAUCUGUCUCCUUGGAGUGGCAUGUAUGGCUCUCUACCGCCGCAACAAAAGACACAGGGAAAAACUCCAGGCUCAUUUUUCUGAUAGCCGCAGCCUGAGGGAUUGCAGUGUCAACGCCUCUGGCCUCAUGUCCAAAUCUACUCCCAGGCUCCAGUACAGCCUUCAACUCCAAAAGAGCUGCAGUUCUCAUGGAUCGUCUGCUAAGGGCAGCAGCAUGGCGCCAGGCACAUCAUCAGUUGCCCCACCUAUUCUCAGCAGAGCACUGUCUAAAGGGAAACGCUUCAGGAGUAGUUCCCUCUCACUUAGUCCUGCCCGACAGCGGAGAGAGACCAGUUACUUCAGGACCCCACCUAUUUCCAGAGGGAAACACAAAAUAUCGACAAAUCUCAUUGACGGCUCCAGAGUGCCUGGCCACGUCUACAAACACUUGCAGGAGGACGAGUCAACAGACAUGGAGUCCAUAAGAAGGUGUGAUUCUGCCAGUGGAAAGGUCGGUGCCCUCCUCAGCAGGACUUCACUCUCUCACUUUGCAACCAGGAAGGGAUGGACCGAGGUUCCGUGCACCCGUCUGGACAAGGGAACAACCUACUUUCCACCAUCCCUGCGCACCCGCUCCGUGCCCAUCAUCCCCUCGCUCCAAGCGUGCGACCUCGAAGCGGGGAAUGUGGACACGAGCAAGCAGAACCAAGGGGGGCUCCUCAAGUGGCACCCCGUGCUGGCUGGAAAGACAGCAGCACCCAUGAGCAAUUCGCCCUCUCCGCCCUGCGAGACUGUCACACUGGCGCCCAGUGUGAUGCCCAGCAGUGUUAGCCCUCCUGCCACCGUCACCGUCACACUAGGGUCAGAGAAGAAUCUCAGCUCCACACAAACAACCUGCUCCAUUGAAAUUACAGUGGAGCUGGCGCAGGAAUUAAAACAGAAAAGCCUUUCCAGUUCCAUGAAAAUGUCUGGGUCUCACAGCGAGAUCCACCGCGGUGGCACAAACACUCUGGAGGCUGGGACUGUGCAGGAGUCGGAAGGGAAAAGUGUCCAAUAUUCAGCCAGAGCUCUGCACACAGGCGGUGGGACCAGAGGUUUGAAGGCAGCAGGCCAAAGAGAAGCCCAGGGACAGUGCCAAGGUCAGACGUCCCUCGUGUACGGAGACGCAAACCACUCCUUGGCCACCAAAGGUCCCAGCUGCAGAGGAACUGGAAACGCUUACGCCAAGCCCUCUGCAAGCUGAUUGGAUUAACUCUGUAAAGCUUCAAAGACACUGUUUCCAAUAACUGUAUACCUUUGCUGGUGGCACAGGAUGGUUAGCAGGUGGGACCAUCUGUGUGGCCACACGGACCAAUAACAGAUGGCGGUUGGUUUUGAAGGAACACGAACAGAUUGAACUGCAGAUGAAAAAAAUAUUGACACAGCAAAAGACAUCAAAUUAUAAAGAAACAGAG